AUGUUGACGGCAAUCUUACUGUCAGUGCUGCUGAUGCUGGGGCGUCUUGGCGGGGCAGUGGUGUCUGACCCUCAGGUCUAUGGGAAAUCGAUUCACAGUGAUAAAACUUUGCCGAGCAGUAAUGACGGACGACACACCGUGAGGAAACAGCCACACCAGCAGACGAGAAGUGAACUCAGAAGGAGUUUGGAUCCCAACAGCUUCAACAUACAAGUGAACCCGACCACGAGCAGAAUCAGCCUCCCGACCAUCAUCAAGCUCUACCAGCCCACUCCCAAACCUCUCCACCUUCACGCCAAUAUGCCCAUGCGCUUUGGAAGGGACAGUGAUCCUGCUGACGACAGGUCACCAAACUCUACCCCCAACUUGCCCCAGAGGUUUGGGAGGUCAUGGGAGGUUAUUCACAUGUGUGCAGAUUGUCCUGAUGUCCAAGAAGCAUCGAGACCAGUGCUCUCUCAGAGAUUUGGGAGAAAUAGCCUAUACUUGAGCCUUCUUAGGACACUGGCUAAUACACAGUCAUUAAAGCCUGGUUUGCUCUGGGAAGAAGAUUUUGACUUCACAAGUAGCUCAGAAGAAGUGGAGAUGCAAGAAAAAAAAGGAUGA